UGCCAACCAGUAAAGAUGUUCUUCACGCUGAAUGAAAUAGUGCAGUGGAUUGGACUAACAGUGUUUGAAAUAUGGAUCAAUCUAAUUACUAUAACAAUAUUCUCCGUUUUGUUAGCUUUGAAAAUAGAUGGAGUGGUGUACAGCGCUUGGUGGACAGUGUUUGCACCAUUGUUUGUGAGUGAUGCUAUGAAUGCAUACUUUUGCUGUAUAGUAUGUAUAAGGAUGAAUUUAGAAAGUUCAUACAAAGCCUCCUUAUAUAGAGCUUCAUGGAGUGCUAUAUUUUUAGGGCUGACAUUUGUAUUCAAAUUUUUAUUAUGCAGAAAACUACAAGGUGAUUCUGCAAUAGAAUAUAGUGAGGUUUUUGCACCUCUAUUUAUACUUCUACAAUUAAUAGCUGUAAGAGCCUGUCAGUUACAUCAAUAACACUGUUUUGUUGUUUACAAAUAAAAAACAUUACACUAUA